ACUACUAAAGCAUAGUACACUUACCAAGAGGUGGGCCAUUUUAGUCCCAAGAAGUGCUGAAGUAGUGCACUGACAAGUAUGCUGUCGGUACAUUGAUAUAAGGGUACUUAUUAUAUAAAUUAUAUGUGGGGAAACAUAGUUGAAUUUAAGCAAGUUUACUUAAUAAUGUAUACUCUUGUUGUAAGGGUUCGAACUGACAGCAGGUCUCUUUAAUAGAAACGUCUGUUUAUGCCUCCAUCAGUGUACGACAGGACCCAACCCAACCAUAAUUCAGACUAUUUCACCCUCUCCUAUAUCUUUCACAUUAUUUACAGCCUCUGUGGUUGCUUGAUCGCAGCUUGUUCGAACCUCGGCUUCAAUCCCAUUAGCUGCUAUCUUAUAAAUGUUUCUCUUUUUGGGAUAGAUUUAGUGCUUUGAAGGCUUUAAACCUCAUGACCUUUAGGUUGCGCUCUGUGUGUGUUUGCCACCGUCCCUGUUAGCAGGAUCUGUCUGUCAUGACAGGUGGAUCUGGUCUACCACGUCCUUGUCCUCGCAGAGAAGGAACUGGUUUAAUUCAAGUGCAUACAGUAAAAAUGAAAGACACAUUUUUAAUAUGAAGGCAACUAUGACAGGCUUUCAGUCCUAUUGUCUUGAAUUAAUUAAGCUGUCUGCUAUGGAGCCACACGAAGGAGAUGAUGAUAAUAACUUGGCCCAAAGGUGCCUGAUUCAAAGUCACCAUUGUUUGAUUUUCCCCGUUAAUACGUUUGCACCAAAUAUCUGUUGCAUGGAAAAUGUUAUCCAUCAUCCGGGCCUAAAUGAAAACGCCCUCAUGCAUUCACGUUAAUAUUGUCUCUCUGACAGACACGACGAGCCCAGUCUGCCGUGGCAUAUUACAACACUCCGGCUGACUUGUUGCCUACCCGUGUCCUUUUGUAAUUUUCACAAUAAGUGUGCUCGAUCAAACACUAUGCCACUCAAAUUACCUUCUCGCCCCUGAAUGGUCGCCUUAAUUAUUUAGCAUUUUAAUUUGCUUAAACAUACAUUUUGUGUCAGAUUUCAUCUUUGGUGUCAAGAGUUUUCAUAUCAGUUUCAUAUGAGGGACAGCUAGCUGCAUAUGAAAUGAAAUACGACCACCGGGGCAAAUGAUUUCGUCGAUCCUGGGUUUUCCCAGGGUCAUUAAAGCGGUUGUUAUAGAAAAUAUAAAUUCUAUCAGCGUGACGUACCCGGAAGAGGUCUAUAAAAUAUCGCUCUGUAUCUGAUACUGGGAAAAAACGUUCAUUGAAAGUCACCUGUUUAAAGUGUCAGUUAGUACUGUUAGUACUGUCAAUAUUUGCCACCUCUGAAAGAUUUACCGGCGUUAAACUUCAAUUAGUCACGAGGCAAAUACAUGUAACUUCCGUUUUAACUAUAUCGCCUUAAAGUUAAAAGCGCGAACCAACUCGAUCAAGAGGAGAUCAAGAAGAACAACUACAGCGCCGUCAUUUUAUAAAUUAAAAAUAAUCGUUGGAGAUUAGCAGCAACUAAUAUUACAGCACCGUCGAUGGUGACGGCAACCCACACAGAAGUACAUGAGAAGUGACUGGGCAUCUUAACUGGAAAAACACACAAUUAGAUACUGUUUAUCACGGUCUCUAUUUUGUGUAACAGAAAACACGACAUUGUAUGCAUUCUUAUAUGCCUCUGAAAAAACAAAACAAAACUGUACGACAAUUUAAUUCGUCCCAGGGAAUAAAACGACUACACUGUCUCUUACGUGCUGUUACCUGUUAAAUUGCGUCACAGUGCAGUUCAGGCAGAGCUUUACUUUGACACUCCUCAACCGGAAAACGUAGCUGCUAUUUUAGCUAGCAUGACGGUUGAAACUUUCACUCAAGUUCAAGCAGCCCGGAGGCAAACUUCAUCCUGUACCCUCCAACCGCCUCUAGUACCGCUACAUACCCAACGGUUUAACGACACGGCAGCUGGACGGACGUCUUGUUCCCGGGGACGGACUUGACGUGCGUCUAAUUAACUUUUAAUUUUGUCGUUGAAAAACCGAACGAAACGCCGGACGGGGUUUUUGAUUUGACCUAGAUUAGUUCAGUUUCCAUAUGGGGCCCACAGGUAGUUUUAGCUAGCUAAUCCCAGGAGAUAAAACAAAUCCGAGCUCCUAAUCCGUUUCACACUUCUCGUGAAGGCAGACACCGUUAAGAGGGAGGAGGAAGGGGAAGGAGGAGGAGGAGGAGGAGUGUCCUGCUCCAACGUCCGUCAAGAUAAGAACGACCAGGUUUUCGCUUGGCUUUGAAGUUACGAACGGUCUGGGUGGCGCGCGCUGGCUCGGAAAACUUUUUUUUCUUUUUUUUUUCUAACUCGCAUUUAAAGCGCCUGAAAGUAUGCGGAGGGAACCCGAGGCGGUGAAACGGAAAAGUGAGGUCGGUGAAGCUGAAGGGGUCACUCCAGCGGCGGCAGCGGUAGCGGGAGGUGCCAGCGGAGGAGGCCAGUUCCACUGGGCAUGAAACCCCGGCAGGACUCUGCACCGAGGCAGGAAGCGACACGAUGGCAGUCUGCGGAAGGAGGACCCGCUCCAAGUUACUUUUUUGCCUCCUCGGCGUCACGUUAGUGGGAUACCUCAUUUUUUCCAGGCACAACUCCGGGGACGCGAGCGAGGCAAAUCGACGACGGGAGGCCCCCGGGGAGAGAGGAGGGGAUAAUGAACGGCUCAAGAGACCCGUCGACGAGAAGCCCCCCUUGGAUUUGGACGCCCCGGGGGAAAUGGGGCGAGCCGUCAAGCUGAAUCUGGGGGGAGAGGAGAAGAGGAAAGAGGAGGAGAGCAUCAAAAAGCAUCAGAUUAACACUUAUGUCAGUGACAGAGUGUCGCUGCACCGCAGGCUGCCGGAGAGAUGGAACCCGCUCUGCAGAGAUCUGAAGUAUGACUACCGGUCCCUGCCCACAACAUCCGUGGUCAUCGCCUUCUACAACGAGGCCUGGUCCACCCUGCUGCGGACGGUCCACAGCGUGCUGGAGACGUCGCCCGACAUCCUGCUGAAGGAAGUGGUGCUGGUGGACGACUACAGCGACAGAGCGCAUCUGAAGGAGCCACUGGAGAAGCACAUCGCAGGUUUGCGGAAGGUGCGUCUCAUCCGGGCCACCAAGAGGGAGGGCUUGGUGCGGGCCCGGCUGCUGGGGGCGUCCAUUACCACGGGAGAUGUGCUGACCUUCCUCGACUGUCACUGCGAGUGUCAUGAAGGCUGGUUAGAGCCUCUCCUCCACAGAAUCAAAGAGGAGCCAUCGGCUGUGGUGUGUCCUGUCAUUGAUGUGAUCGACUGGAACACGUUCCAGUAUUUAGGGAACUCCGGUGAACCUCAGAUCGGGGGGUUUGACUGGCGGUUGGUGUUUACCUGGCAUACCAUUCCAGAGCAUGAACAGAAACGCAGACGCUCACCCACUGAUGUCAUCAGGUCUCCGACUAUGGCAGGGGGUCUGUUUGCUGUGAGCAAGAGGUACUUCCAUUACCUGGGGACAUACGACACUGGGAUGGAGGUGUGGGGAGGAGAGAACCUGGAGUUCUCCUUCAGGAUUUGGCAGUGUGGGGGCAGCUUGGAGAUCCACCCCUGCUCCCAUGUGGGUCAUGUGUUCCCUAAAAAGGCCCCUUACUCACGGAGCAAAGCUCUGGCAAACAGCGUGAGAGCCGCUGAGGUCUGGAUGGAUGAAUACAAAGAGGUGUACUACCAUCGAAGCCCCCACGCACGACUGGAGGCCUUUGGAGACGUGACAGACCGGAGGAAGCUCAGAGAGAAACUGCGCUGUCAGAACUUCAAGUGGUAUCUGGAUAAUAUUUACCCAGAGCUUAGUGUCCCAGAGGAUAGGCCAGGCAUGUUUGGAAUGCUGAAGAGCCGGGGCAAGACCAACUACUGUUUUGACUACAACCCUCUAGAUGAAAACAAGGUGGUGGGCCAAAGGGUCAUCCUCUACCCGUGUCAUGGCAUGGGUCAGAACCAGUUCUUUGAGCACUCCACGGAUGGCGAGAUCCGCUACAACACGAGGGAACCCGCCGGAUGCAUCGCGGGCGACAACAUCAGCACCUACCUGACUGUGCAACAGUGUAGAAAACGAGGGCAGCCUGUACCUGCGGACCAGAAAUUUGUCUUCCGAGAUGAUGGGAGUCUGUACCAUGUAAUGAGCCAGAAGUGUGUUCAGGCGUUGGACAAGACAGACAACGGGACGCCGGCCCCCUCACUCCAGCCCUGCUCCGACAGCCCCCACCAAAAGUGGUUCUUUGAGGAGAGAAUAUAAUGGUAUUUUUUACCUAGAACAUAUUUCUAUUCAGGACCAGUAUCAUGAGGAGGGAUAUGAGUGGAUUAAGUGUUUUUUUGACAUGUUUGCCUUGCUCUUAAAGGAGCCCAAAGGAAGAAGCUGCUGUGCUUCCUUCCAGUCAUCAACUUUGCACAUUUUUUGUGCCAGCUGGAUUUAAUGGCCCAAUAGGAAAUUAUGCUGAUUAUAAUUAUGCUGAGGAAGUACUUUGUAAAUAUAUAUAUGUAUGGGAAUAUUUUUUAUUUGAUGCUGUUGCUGGGAGACAGGAACCUACUGGAAUAUGUAUUAUUUUUCUUUCUAAUCGAGGAUAUGGUUUAGAAUGAGUGAUAACUUUUACAGUUACAGACAUUCCUCUUGUCUUUUUAUCUGAACAAUCCACGACUGGUACAGUCUUUGAGAAUGAAUUUUGCUCAGUUGCUUUAUGCACACAUGGACGAGCGCUCAAACGCGUGUGCAUGGGAACAACUACUUUGUACCUCUGUAACUGACAUCAUGGUGAUUUAGAGUCACAUCAGGAGGUAUUUUUUUCACCCCUUCUUCUCCUGUAGAGGGAGCCAGUGCUCCUCGCUGCAGGUUCCUUUCCUUUCUCUCACUGUGUUCCUAUUCCUUGUCAAAAGAAAGUGGGACAAAUUUUCAGGUAUUUUGAUAUGAACCUUUAGUGCUUGCUACUCUUAUAUACUAUUGACUUAAAAAAAAAGCCUUAUAUCACAGGCAUUAUGCAAGUACCUCGUACAUCUUCAACGUAUUCACCUAACUACUGAAAACUCUCAUUCUGAUCUGCAUCGACUGGAUUUCGCAGUUCAACUUUAACCGAGGUAAAACAACGUGGGUCUUUUUUUUGUUGUUGUUUUUAUUUUUUUAAUUAAUUUUCGUAAUGGCUGUUUUUCUAUGUAGUGCACCUGCCUUUUGCGCUUUUUAAAUUAUGUGCAGCUUCAGAAGACUAAAUUGUAGCCAUAUCUGCUGGAUUUGCCUCAUGUGGUGUCAGAUGUUUGUUAUAAAUUAUGUAUUUUCUAGAGAAGACUAGAGGACAAUGAGUGUUUUUCAUAGCGUCACAGCAAAAGUAUCUCAACUUCAAGUGCAUAAGCACCAAAAUCAGAACAAUAGGAUCUUCCUCCCCACCCUACUUUUUACUUGGUGUCCAGAGAAAGUGCCUGAUGUAAAACAAUAUAUAAUUCUAUUUAAGGAGAUCCCUUUAGGUUCAGAUGAUGAAGAAGAUGCUCCCGUACAGAGUGCAUAUUUUGUCCGACAAAGACAUGACACAAAAAGAGAAAAGUAUUUAGACUUGCGACAGAGUAUCUGCUCACUCUCACAGUGUACGCUCCCCUGCCGAGAAUACCAUAUGCACCGGCAACAAGGUAUUCCCUUGGGUGUACAUGCAUUACUCUGGUGGCCUGUGCUGUUUCGUGCACGCCGCCUCUGUUUUCAUCCAUCAGAAACAGACGCCUCUGCUCGGAAGCUGUGGUCACUUCUGUGGCAUGUCCCUCCGGCUAUGCGGAGGGACUGAGGGAAACACGGCAGAGGCGCAGACAGUUGUCGGUGUCUCCAGAGUGCUGGGAUGCCAGAUGGCGUCCUGAUUGAUUUUCUGGUCCUCUCCCAAUCCUUUAUCACCACCUCUCCCUCUCGGUGUCAAAGGGUCUGCAGCGGAGGACUUAUCUCUCUGGACUCGCGCCAGCCAAAACCCUUCUCGGAUGAGCACUUGUUACUCGCGUGCUUGAGGUUUGAUUUAUGAACGUGAGUCGUCAGGGGUACAGUUUUUGGACAGCGGAAUGCAGAUAAUGGAGGAGACUGAAAGAUUUAAUUUGUGACCUCUUCCUCACCAUUAACCCUCACAGGCUGUCGUCCCAUUGGCCUUGAAGGAGCUCUGUUUGGAGUUGGUGUUAGGGGGACGAUCGGACCGAAAUAGAUUUUCUUGCUAUUGAUUCAGAAUGUAUUCUCACAGCAAGAUAAAUGGGGGAUGGAUAAAGACCAUUUCGGCAGCAUCACAGUGGAGCCGAAUCCCUUGAUAUGCCAAAUACAACAAAUGUACGGUAAUGUGUAAAGGUGAUGUUGUUGCAGGAACGAGGUAACAUCUGUUCUCACAUAGCACAAGCCUAAAGGGAUGGCAGUAAUGAUAAAGAGCAUCAUGAGCUAGUUGUAAGAAGAAAUGCGUGCGUCAUUUUUGACUCAGCUGCCCCGUAGUCCUUAAAGGCUUUUGCUGGCAUUAUGAGUGUUACGCGAUUGUGCAGAUAACUCCUGGUGAUAACUGGAAGGGACCAAAUUGCCAGUGGCAACAUAAUGAUCAGCUCCGUGGAGGGAGUGGACAGGCAGCUGUCACGGGAUUGUGUGAAUGUUUUUGGCGAUUAAGCUAAAAAAUCAUGUAUGGUGGUAAUUUACUCCUUAUGCCUAAGGGAGGCAAGUGAGCUUCCCCCUGACAUGAUUUAAGGCUGCGAGUUUCAUCCGCGAGAGGUCUGAUUCACCAGGAACAGGUGAAAUUGCCCUUUAAACGCAGUCCUCAUGCUUUAUGUGUUGUGCACUUAAGAAGUGACGACUUAACCGUUCCUGUCAGGUUGUGUCUUUAGCCUGCGAGUGCAAUAUGAAUAUUAUAUUGUUAUUAAAGGGGUUUAUUUAUUGCCCCCAGUGGCCCUCUGUUAUUCCAGGCAUGUCCUACAUAGUAAAAUGCUUUUUUUUUUUUUUUUUACGCUGGCGUUAUAUUGUAUGCUAAUGUGAUACGGCACAUGCAACCGCAGUAAAAUUCACAUUAGCCAGUCAGGGACAGUAUCUCUGGCAGGUCAUAUAGGGCUUUUAUAUCAACCAAAUCUGUGUCGUAAACAGUAACGAUGUUCCAGCGAUCUGUUAGAGCACUUGAAUCUGUAAAGUGGCUGAUUUUACUAGAUAUGGGUUUUAUCCACCGUAGAACAGCGGUCACGCAUCUCCUGUUUUUAAAAGGAAAAAAAAAUGACAUAUCUGUGUUUUAAACAUGCACAAAUGAUAAUGCUGGAAUUUGACACCGUGUCUGGUGUAUUAAUGCUGUCAGUGACACCAGUGGCCUUAUACCGUGAUGAAGGAAGUGAAGAAUAUGAUUAACAAGUAUUUUUGUAUUUGUUGGAUCCAACACAUGGAUCAAAUAUGAUGUCAGUGUGACUGUCUAAUUGUCAAUUGAAAAAUCAAUGUAAGUAAACACAAAUGUGACGUCUGA